AUGGAGGAAGUCCAAGAGGAGGAUGUGAUCAUAGAAGAGGUUCCCAAGGAGGCGACUGAGACGACCACUGCAGGAGACAGGGAGGAGGACAAGGGUGAAGAGGAAGAGGAGGAUGAGUGUGCAGCGGGCGAGGAGGAGGAAGAGGAGGACACCAGAAGUCCUGCAGACAAAGCGCUAGAUUUGCUCGAAGAAGAGAAGAAAAAGAUGAGCCCUUUGGAACAGUUGGAAAGAUCGCUCCUUUGGAAGGUCGAGGGCAAUGAGUUCUUCAAGAAAGGGGAGCUUUUCAAAGCCGCAGACUGCUACUACCACUCAAUUGUUUUUGCAAGAGACCUUACCAAGAAUCCGCAGCACUAUCCGGAGCUCAAGCAUACGCAUCAAGAAAUGACCAAAGCCAAGGAGCUUUGCGAGUCGGUUUUUACUAACUUGGCGCUGGUGCAGCUGAAGUACGGCUGCAGCUUAAGCCCUGAGAACUCCGAACGACACAAGGUUUUUGAAGAGGGGGUGAAAUCGGCCUCACAAGCCUUAAAGCUCAAUGCCAAGAAUGUCAAAGCCCUCUACAGAAGAGCAGCGACAAAUGCAGUUUUGGCUAAAGAUUGCAAGACUAAUUCAGAGGCGCAGGAGAUCUGUGCUGAAGUGAAAUCUGAUUUAGUGAAGGUGAUCGAAGCCGAGCCACAAAACAAGGAGGCUCGGGCCGAGCUGAAAGCAAUUCAGGAGCAUUUAAAGCAGCUCAAGCGUGAAGAGCGAGAAGGUGAGAAGAGGGAAUUCUCCUUCGCAAGCACACUCUCUGGGAUGGGCUUCAAGGAGAAGGACCUGCUGGGAGAUGGCUCUGUUCGCAAGCAGCAGGUCUCCGCCGGAGAUGGUGGCAAAUGGCUCAACAAGGACUGGCUCGACUGGAGUUCACCGACAAAAUGCGUUAUCCACAUUGCGGUCAGCUCUGUGGAAGAAGGCCAUUCUGUCCCUGUAAGCCUCUCCUUCAUCCUGGGCGAUCCGGACAUGCACGAAGGUAUUCACCUCGCUGUCAAGUCCAUGACCAAGGGCGAGGUCUCAAACUUUACCUUCUCAAGUGAGAGACUCGCUGCAAAAAGUGGCCUCACAAGACUCUUGCCAAAGCUUCAGGAUGUGUGCAAGUGGCAGAUCGAAUUCCAGAAGUUCGUGACUUGGGAAGACCUGGAUCGAAAUGGAGAAAGGCUUCGAAAGAUCCACGAAGAAGGAUACGGGGCCACCUUUGCUGAAGACCUUUCGGAGGUCUUUACACACUGGCGGCUCAUUGGUCCCGACAAUCAGCUGGUGCACUCUACGAGGUACACAGUAAGCUUGGGCAAUGGCCAAGACAUGAAGCAGGUGGAGGAUGAGGACAAAGUGGCUCCCUCCUUCAUCGUUGGAGAAUCGGCGUGGUCUCCUGUAGCAACCCUUUGCCGCUCUUUGCGGCAAGGAGGAGUGGCGGAACUACGUCUCAAGAAUGUGCCGGAACUCCCCAAGGAUCCGAAUGGAGAUGAUGUCUCAGCCAAGCUCUCCCUGAUGAUGAAUCGUGGGUCUACCGCCAAGCUCAGCCAUUGCACAGUCAAAGUGGAACUGGAACGAGUGGUGCCAGCUGUCGCAGGGCCCGAGGAUUCGAGGUGGCAAGGUUCAAGCACCUUGGUCCAGGAGCGCUUCCAUGCAGAGCAGCUUUUGGAGCAAGGAUACGAGCAAGCAGCUCUUGCCAGAUUGCGAAGAGUGGUCAACUGGGCUGGGCAGCUGGGAACAGAGGCUGCAUCGGUUCAAGAUGAUGUAGCAGCGGCAAAGACUGCGAUAGGCUGGGCCUUGGCUAGCUGUGCAGCGCCCAUCCUCGACAGUGGCAAUGUGAGCUCAGACGUACUCAAGAUUGCACGGAGAGAUAUGAAAGAGGCGGAGGAGCAUUGCCAAUGGCUUGAAUCGCAUGGCCAUUCAGGUGCUCAUCUUUUGCGCGCCAAGAUCCUGGUGGCCAAUGAUGAUGAUUUCGCCGGGGAUGUUGGCUUCAAUGAUGACUAUGCAUCAAAGGGUCACGAAUUCUUCGAUGUUUGGGCGCCUGAGAUAGCCACUCACUACGGGGAGGUGUUUUGGACAGAUCAGGGAAAUCAGCCCUUGCCGAAGGAGAUCGUGAAGCGUUUUGAGGGCAAGGUCAUGGCAAUUACAGGCUAUGAGAUGGACCAAGUGAUGGUGAAUCCUGUGGGUCAACCAGGUGUAAACCCAAAAGAUGAUGUCUCGGUGCCAAUUAAUUGGGCUUACAACCACCACUACAUGGCGUUCAUGACAGGCACCCAUUCUGAGCUCAAGAAAGUCUUUGCAGCACCAGGAGAUCCAAUGGCCCAUGGGGCCACAACGAAGUGGAUUGCCAUUGACAAGCCAUCCGCAGCUGGCCGCAAGGACACCUCUAUCCCUACUUCCCAAUUCUUCUCUGAAGGAAAUGGCGGAGAAUCUCGAAAGUCAUUCCAUGGGUAUCCAGAUGGAUUUGCCCAGCUGAUUGACUCACCAAAUAUGUGGCAUAUCACUCCGAUGCAAAUUGACACAAGAAACCGUGACUGUGGUGUCACUCCAGUUGACAUCAACAACUGCACAAAGUUUGCCCCUGGACCUGAACCCAAACAGGCAAGAUAUGGGCUGGGAACCCCUGCAGACACGAACUACAGUGGGCUCCUGGAGUGCCCUUGCAAUUCCAGGUAUGGAGGUGAUCCUAUGUUUUACCCGGAAGCCAAGAGCAAGAUCAUUGAGCAUAAGUAUGUACUGGGAUCCGGAGCAUGUAAGAGUGGCCAGGCUGUAGCAGAUGCCUCAAGUUGCUUCACUGGCGCAGAAACGCUUGGACUCAAUGCUUCACACUUCAUCAAUCAAACAUUGUCAGACCCAAAGCUACCCCCUGGUUGUUCCAUUACCAGGCUUGCCAACAACACCAUUGUUGUACGCUUCAACAGUGAUGGGCAAGGGAACUGCAGCUCCUCUAGUAAGCGCUCUGGAGAGGGAACCUCUAGGGUUGGCGUGAAGCUGGCAAUUGAGCUCGACAGCAGCGGCAUGUUCAAGAUGUCUCCUGCUGGACAAUACUGCAGCCAGAAUCGUGCAAACAAAAUCAAGUCAUUCCAAAUGCAAAGCUCCACCUUACAGGCAGCAAAAGAAGCCCGCGAUCAAUGCCAACAGUUCUGCUGGACAAGUUCAGCAUGCUGGGGUUGCAGUGUGGAUUGCGAGACGGAACCAUAUGCCUAUGGUGCUCCCUUUACAGCUUGCCAGUGGAAUGCCGUCACAUCUUGUGGAAAAGUAGAAGCAUGGGCUGGCUCCGUGGAAGGGGAUGUUAGUGAAAAGCAAGAUGGUGGCAGUGCAAAGAUUACCAUGUCUGGCCCCGCCAACGCUUGGUUUGGCGCAGGCUUCAAUGCUUCAGCAAUGGCCGAUAGCCCAUACACGCUUGUGGUGAAUGGCGAUGGAGUGACCGAGCGGAAGAUCGGUACUUGUGGCAGCGAAGCCGAGCAUUGCCCUGGCACUCAGCUUCGUACAAGCGUCAAGGUCGUGUCCAAUUCCGUUGUCAAAGGCAUUCGCACGGUCGUGAUGACCCGCGGCCUAAGCGGAAUUUCCAAGGAUCACUAUUCCUUUGAUCCAUUUUCAGACGAAACCAUAAACUUUAUCACUGCAGUGGGUUCCUCGCAGACAUUUGCCUAUCAUCGGGCACAUGGACCAAUGGAGGUAGCUCUUACCAGUGUUGGCUCCAGCUCUUGCGUUUGUGAUGCUGGCUUGGUUGGACGGCUUUGUGAAUCUGGUGGCACAAACUGCCAUGAAUUUGUGAAAGAUUGUGUGCCCUUUCCUGCUGGCGACUUGGCGGCGCAGAUGAACCCGACCUGCAACGCCCGGCAGUAUUCUGGUGGGCUCAAUUGCUGCCAUCACAAACGCAUCAUGUUGGAUGCCGACCAGGAAAUCCGUCCCGAGCUUUUGCGGUACCAUAUGAAGUUCCGCUUUUGGUUUCAAGAAUACAAAGCCAAGGAUGACAAGACCUCACAUUUUGAUUUGCCUCGGAUAUACUAUCAGACAGAGGCCCAUGCUGGAGAAUACGAUAUCCCUCCAGCCUUUGCAAGGCCAGGACAUCCAAUUGUCGGCUACCCCGACUGGCCCAUCAACAAACCGACACCUGGUACAAGCUGCACUGGAACUUGCCCAGAUGGCCCAGACUGCGAGUGUGUGCACACGAUCACGUACCAUUGGACUGUCAGCAACAUUCGCCUGAUAUAUGCUGGCGGACAUUGCCAUGCUCCCAGCUGCCUGUCGAUUGAGCUCUACCACAACUUGACCGGCACACCAAAGCUCUUGUGUCGUCAGCUCCCCAAGUAUGGCCAGGGUAACUUCCCCAAGGACAAGUGGGAUGAAGCUGGCUAUGUUACUUUGCCUCCAUGCUUGUGGAGUGAUGAGGAUCCCAGUCUAGAAGACACCGUUUGGCUUCCAGCAGACACACCAUUAAUUUCCAUCAAGAAGAACAACAACACCCAUUUGGGACACUUUGGAGAAAUGGCUUCGUGGCAGAUGCGGGGUGCACACAAGCAACUCAUAGAAGCUCAGAAGCAGCUUCCAGAUGACAAACGUGUGCAAGAAGAGUUGCGAAAGGUGAAGAUUGAGUUGCGAAAGGAGGAAGAACAACAAAGCCGGUCAAAGGUGGUUGAGAUCAGAGAUGGAUUGAAGAGGGCUCGCACGGAAGGAGGCGAAGUACUUCCCUUGCUCAGGCAGCUCUCAGAGACACGAUGCUCGUGGGACACCGUCAUGGAGACACGUAUUGGUGUCGAGCUCAAGAACUGUGAGGAUUGUGGUGAAGAAGCUACGAAGCUUUGCCAGGAGAUCCUUGCUAGGAUGAAGGAUGAGUCAAAAGAGCAGCGACCCAUGUGGGACACUUGA